AUGGCGCUGGCCGUUCCCUUUCAAGCUCCCGGCUUUAAGCAUCUAAUGCAUUUAUCUCUAGUCAAUUGCGCACACGCAACACUACGAGAACAUUCGUCGAAGUCUAGCCCCCGCAAGCAACGUGCUGUACAAUCCGGCAAAGAUCUGCCCGGUGACAGCACCGGACUAAAAAGGUUCUACAUGGGAUGGGUAACUGCGGCCGAACUUUACGAUUCACGGUUCACGGCAAUCUCAGAGCCCAUCGAAAAGGCGAAUGCGAGCUGCAAAACGCGCUGUCCGCACCAGGACGAGGGCCGCAUUUGGCCUGAUUCACCAGGUACGGAACAUGCAUCGAACCCCAAAAAGACGAAAUCCUCAUGGAUCGGUGCUUUUUCGCCGACGAUUCGACGGUGGCUUUUGCGCAUGAAAGUUGAAACUGGAAUCUGUCCCGCGACCCGCGAAGAAUGGGGAUUUUCCUUGAACGACCCAGCAGAGAAUCUCGUCACACAGCAUGGCCAGCCAUUGACGAUUGUGACUGGCUUGCCACGAGCUUCGACCACGAUGCAUGCAUGCAUGUGCCGAUACCUCCGCGAGAUGCGGCUGUUUCCACGCGAAAGGGCAAGGUCGUCACGUAUCGCACGCUAA